CAUUCAGGCAGGGGUUGGUCACCAACUCUAACGUCAUUUAGGACCUCUAAAGCAACAUGGCAGCCUCCGACACAAAGUCAGUUUUAUUCGUUUGUUUGGGAAAUAUUUGCAGGUCACCCAUUGCUGAAGCUGUCUUUAGGAAAAUGGCAUCAGAUGCUGGUGUUGCUGACAAGUGGAGGAUAGACAGUGCUGCCACCUCUACCUAUGAGAUAGGAAACCCUCCAGACUUCCGUGGUCAGGCAUGCAUGAAGAAGCAUGGCGUGCCUAUGAGGCAUGUGGCCAGGCAGGUAACCAGGGAAGAUUUUACGAGCUUCGACUAUAUUCUUUGCAUGGAUGAGAGCAAUUUGAGUGACCUGAAAAGGAAGGCAAAGUCGGUGAAAAACACAAAAGCAACAGUUGAGCUGCUUGGUAAAUUUGACCCCCAGAAGCAGCUGAUCAUCAAUGAUCCAUAUUAUGGCAGUGAUCAAGACUUUGAGAAGGUGUAUGAACAAUGUGUACGUUGCUGCAAAGCCUUCCUGGAGGUGAACUCCUAACAACCUCAAAGGAUCUUUCCUUUAAGUUUGAUGGAUGAACAGGAGUCAUAAACCCCACAUGUUUUGGUUGUUAACCAAACUUAUCAGUCUAACUCUACAAUGACCAGAUGUUUUUAUUUUAGGGUAAAUCAAAAGCUUCAUUCAGAGUAACUUCUACAAGUUUGUAGACUAUAAAUUUGGGUGAUUAUUAAUUUAAUUAAACUUAAUUUGAAAAAAAAA